GCUGAGAGUGAAGAUGAGUCCUUCUGCAGUGGUGACAGAGGGUCAGAGAGUCACACUGACCUGCAGUACCAGCUGUCCUCUGACUGACAACACAAACUACAUUUGGUACUUGAACAGUCGACCUCUGACCCCGAGAGAGAACCAGAACAAACAUCUGAUCCUAGACCCAGUCAGCAGGGAGGAUGCAGGAAGCUACUCCUGUGCUGUGAAAACCAACAAAGAUAUCAGCUCUGCUCCAAAGACUCUCACUGUCCAAAGUAUCACAGGAACAUGGACACCAGCAGCUGCAGGAGUUUCUGCAGCUCUGCUGCUUUUAAUACUUCUCACUGUCUGCUGGUGUGUUAAGAAAAAGAGAACUUCUUCUCAGUCUCCAGGUCUGACCAAAUUGAACAGCUCAGUCCUGGUCCUGUGUAUGAAAACAUCCCAGCACAAUCGAAACAGGAGGAUGAAGUCCACUACAGCAGGGUCAACUUCAGAAACAAACAUGUGGUUCCUCUUUAUUCUACCGUACAGUCAGAUCAGCCCAGACAACAGGAGUGUUCUCAUUAUGCUGCUGUCAGAUUCAGCUCUGAUGGAGCAUCUGGUGUCACUCCAGCAGGCACAGACAGACUUACUCUACUGUGAAAGUUUGAGAGAGAUGUCGUGGUCAAUAACUGCUUAUCCAAUUCAGGGUUGUCAUGGCAGAGUACAACCUGAAGAGGUCACCAGAAACUCAGCCAACCUAAUCUUGUUGACAGCUGUUACUAUGAAUGAUGUGUGCAUAGUGUGAUACGCUUCACUGAGCCUUACUGUGUUACUCUC